AUGACCCAGUCGGUGGUCGUCCAGGUCGGACAGUGCGGGAACCAGAUCGGCUGCUGCUUCUGGGACCUGGCGCUGAGGGAGCACGCUGCAGUUAACCAGAAAGGAAUUUAUGACGAUGCAAUAAGCAGCUUCUUCAGGAAUGUGGAUACCAGAGCAGGUGGGGAUGGUAGCAGUAUUUCCAGAGGAAGAAUAUCUUCUUUAAAAGCACGGGCUGUUUUGAUUGACAUGGAAGAAGGGGUAGUGAAUGAAAUUCUCCAAGGCCCACUGAGAGACGUGUUUGAUAGCAAACAGCUCAUCACUGAUAUCUCUGGCUCGGGAAAUAAUUGGGCUGUGGGUCACAAAGUUUUUGGAAGUCUUUACCGGGAACAGAUUUUAGAGAAACUCCGGAAGUCAGCCGAGCAGUGCGAUUGCUUACAGUGCUUCUUCAUCAUCCACUCCAUGGGAGGAGGAACAGGCUCUGGACUUGGCACGUUUCUGUUAAAGGUGCUUGAAGAUGAAUUCCCGGAAGUGUACCGGUUUGUGACAGCGGUUUACCCGUCCAGCGAGGACGACGUCAUCACCUCACCUUACAACAGCAUGCUGGCCAUGAAGGAACUCAGUGAGCACGCAGACUGUGUGCUGCCCAUUGACAACCAAUCUUUAUUUGACAUCAUUAGCAAAAUUGACCUGGUGGUAAAUUCUGGAAAGUUGGGCUCAGCUGUGAAGCCCAAGAGUCUCAUCACUUCGAACAUGGGGGCUGUUAAAACACGCCACAAGAAGCCCUUCGACGCCAUGAACAACAUUGUGGCGAACCUGCUCCUCAGCCUGACAAGCUCUUCGAGGUUCGAGGGCUCUCUCAAUAUGGACCUGAAUGAGAUCAGCAUGAACUUGGUUCCUUUCCCGAAGCUUCAUUAUCUCGUGUCAAGCCUGACGCCUCUCUACACGCUGGCUGAUGUUAGCAUUCCCCCCCGAAGACUGGAUCAGAUGUUCUCAGACGCCUUUAGUAAAGAUCACCAGCUCAUCCAAGCAGACCCCAGACAUAGUCUCUACCUCGCCUGCGCCCUCAUCGUUAGAGGAAACGUACAGAUUUCCGAUCUUCGCAGAAAUAUUGAAAGAUUAAAACCUGCUCUGCAGUUUGUCUCCUGGAAUCAAGAAGGCUGGAAGACGAGCCUGUGUUCUGUACCACCCGUGGGCCACUCCCAUUCGUUGUUAGCUUUAGCAAAUAACACGUGUGUGAAGCCUACCUUCAUGGAGCUGAGAGACAGGUUCAUGCGGCUCUACAAGAAAAAGGCUCACCUCCAUCACUACCUGCAAGUUGAUGGGAUGGAGGAAAGCACUUUUACAGAAGCUGUGUCCUCUCUGUCAGCGCUCAUACAGGAGUACAGCGACCUCGAUGCCACGAAGAGCCUGCCCGUGCCGGAUGUGCCCAGGCUGAGCGUGGCCUUCUGAGGGAGGAAGCUCAGAAAGCAAGUGUCACUUUUUUCUGAUUCUCAUUGGGUUUCGUCCCCUUUCUGUUUCAGCAUUUUUUUCUGACUCAGAAAGCCCAAUUUGUUUUUCACAGUAUCAGGAAGUAUUUUAUCUGAGAUUGUAGUUUCUAUUUUAUUACAGUUUUUU